UACAAAAAUAUCCUAAGUAAAAAAAAUUGGAAUUUAUUGAUUUUAAAACGACUAUUACUUACUAUUUAAAAAAAAUCAUUUAAUAAAACGCUUAAAAAUGUUACGACUUCGAUCUACCUUUAGAAUGCUGCAGCAAGUUAAUCACGUAGCUAAAUUUAGUGACACUACCAAGAGUGUGGAUACAACGUAUAUGGAAAUUCCAGUAUACAACGUAGAUAAACCGCAACCACUUGAAAGUCGUAAAGCUAGAUUGCAUUAUCAAUCUCGUAAAAGAGGAAUGUUGGAGAAUGAUUUACUGCUAAGUACUUUUGCCAAAAAGUACUUGGAUAACUUCACAGAGGAGCAGACAAUGAUGUAUGACCGUCUCAUCAAUUCUCCAAGCAAUGAUUGGGAUUUGUUCUACUGGAUAGUUGAAAAACAGCCUACUCCUAAAGAAUUUGACAAUGAAAUAAUGGAUUUACUAAAGAAACACGCCAAAAAUGAAAAUAAAGUUGUAUUAUCUCAACCACCUUUAAAUUAAAUGACUUAAAAAUAAAUGAUUUGGUGCAUUAUGCACAUUUGACUUUUAGACAGACUAUGACUUAGAGAAUUACAUUUUGAAAUAAACCUAGAAAUUUAUUACAAAGAAAUGCUUAAUUUAAUUAGUAUUAGGAUUUUGUUGUAAAUUUUAAUAUAAUAUAAAUAUAGC